GUAGGAAAGACCAGGAAGGAACACAGAUGGCUAACUGGCUAGCUUGGGGCUAGCGUGUAGAAAUGAAACCACAUCUGGAAAAAGUCUGACUUUCGGCCCACGCACUAAUCGAGUACAGAGUCCCACCAUGGGUCAACACCGGAAAGCGGCAGCUGGGUGUAACUCAUCUCAGAGAAACUCUGGAGUUUCUGCAAACGCUUCCAGGCUCCACAGCGGGAGGCACAACAUCUGCAUGGUUUCUGACUUUUUCUAUCCAAACAUGGGAGGAGUAGAAAGUCACAUUUACCAGCUCUCCCAGUGUCUGAUUGAAAAGGGACACAAGGUGGUAAUUGUCACUCACGCCUACGGCAGGAGGAAGGGUGUCCGGUACCUGACCAAUGGACUGAAGGUUUACUACCUACCCCUGCAGGUGAUGUACAACCAGUCCACAGCCACCACCUGCUUCCACAGUCUCCCCCUGCUGCGCUGUGUGUUUGUCAGGGAGCGCAUCACCGUGGUGCAUGCACACAGCUCCUUCUCUGCCAUGGCCCAUGAUGCACUGUUCCAUGCCAAGACCAUGGGCCUCAACACAGUGUUCACCGACCACUCGCUCUUCGGCUUUGCUGACGUCAGCUCUGUCCUGACCAAUAAGCUUCUUACCGUUUCCCUAUGUGACACCAACCACAUUGUGUGCGUGUCCUACACCAGUAAGGAGAACACAGUUCUCCGCGCAGCACUCGACCCAGAGAUAGUGUCCGUUAUUCCCAACGCUGUUGACCCUACAGACUUCACACCAGACCCAUCACAGCGCAAUGAUGACAGGAUCACAAUUGUUGUCAUCAGCCGUCUCGUUUAUCGCAAAGGAAUUGAUCUUCUUGGUGGAAUAAUCCCAGAGCUGUGUCUCAAGCAUCCUUGCCUCCACUUCCUGAUUGGCGGAGAGGGACCAAAGAGAAUUGUUUUGGAGGAAGUGAGGGAGAAAUACCAACUACAUGACAGGGUGCGUCUGCUGGGCGCUCUGGAGCAUAAAGAUGUGCGCAGCGUUUUGGUUCAGGGUCACAUCUUCCUCAACACGUCGCUGACUGAAGCAUUCUGUAUGGCCAUCGUGGAGGGAGCCAGCUGUGGACUGCAGGUGGUUAGCACUCGUGUGGGGGGCAUUCCUGAGGUGUUACCUGAGGAUUUAAUUACCCUGUGUGAACCCAGCGUUCGAUCAUUGUGCGCCGGUCUGGAAACUGUCAUCGCUCGGCAGCAAUCAGGCAACCUCCCCUCACCCGCUUCCAUUCAUGCCCGUGUGCGAAACCUCUACACCUGGAGAAAUGUUGCAGAGCGGACAGAGAAAGUGUACGACAGAGUUGUCGAAGAGGAGGUUCUUCCCCUGGACAGACGGUUACGGAGGCUGAGGGCGCACUGCGGCCCCGUUGCUGGCUCCAUCUUUGCGUUUGUAGCGGUGUUGAACUUCCUCUUCCUGCUGCUCCUUCAGUGGCUGGUGCCAGAUGGGGUCAUAGAUCUCGCGGUCGAUGCCACUGGCCCUCACGGACUGUGGAGGCAGGAAAAGAGUAGCAAGAACGAUGGUCUUUCCUGACGUGCCACGAAGAAAGCAGCAGAAACCGAAAGUUAAUCGCAGUAACCUGUUACCUCUGACUCACUUCAGACUGCUUAUAUAAGUUUUGGUUGUGCUCUUUAUGGUGCCAACUGAAAUUUUGUUUACUCACCAAAAGGGAGCUUGCAGAAAAGACUCACACUUAGGAGGUUUUUAUAAAUAACUGGAAUUUGUGGCAGUACUUGAGAAUUUAUAAGCACUUUUUUAUAUGUUGUAUAGUGAACAGAGGGCGUAAAGGGCUGGCUGACUGUAAACUCACAGGGAAACAAAGCUGCAGUAAUUUAAAAGUUUUGUAAAUAAAAUACAUUGUUUUGUGAAGCAUGUGUCAGAGCAAAUUGUUUUAUCCUAUUUAAAUUCAUGAAUGCAACUCCUUUGUUUUAACAUGUUAGACGGAACAUACUUACAUCAAGCCUGGGUGUUUUUGUUCUUUCUGUUAAAACAAAU